AUUUAUGAAGGCAAUUUAUUUAUUUUCCACAAUUAAACCUUUAAUAGUUUCUGGCCCUAGUGGAGUUGGUAAAGUAAAUAAUAAUUUAAUUUAAGGGAUCAUUGGUCACAAAAUUACUAUAGAAUAACUAAAACUUUGUUUAUAGUGUUAGUUUAACUACUCGAAAACCAAGACCUAAUGAACAGAAUGGGGUCAACUAUUUUUUUGUAGAUAAAAAUGUUUUUGAUGAGAAAAUCAUAAAUGAUGCAUUUUUAGAAUUUUGUGAAGUGCACGGGAAUUUUUAUGGCACCGCAAAGCACCAAAUAAACGAUAUCAUCAAAUAAAAUAAAAUACCUCUCAUUGAGAUUGAUGUUUAAGGAGCUGAAAAAAUUAAUAAAUAACUACAAAACUAAUGUGUGAACAUAUUUAUAUUACCACCAUCUAUCAACUCCCUUAGAGAAAGAUUGAUUGGAAGAAAAACUGAAACUCAAGAUGUUAUAGAAAAAAGAAUUAAGAAUGCAGAAACUGAAAUAGAGAAAGCUAAAUCAUUUUAAUUUUAUCAUUUUAUUGUUAAUGACAAUUUUGAAACCUGUUAUAAAGAGCUCCUUGAAUAUGUUAACAAUAAGUAUUAAAACUUUUGA